AUGAUUGCCUCGUUGCUUGUCUUUUUAAGUGGAAAGGAUCAGUUGCUACCAAGUGAAGAGGAAGGUCAGAGGCUUUUUCGUGCAAUUCCAAAAUGUGAAAAUCGUAGAUUUAAUGACAGUGGACAUUUCCUUCUUCUGGAAGAUGGCAAUGAUUUGGCAACAAUCAUCAAAGGUUCUGCUGCUUUCUAUCGCCGUGGAAUAUGCCAUGACUAUGUUUCAGAUUAUAUACCGCCGACCCCUUCGGAAGUGAAGAAGUUAUACGAAUUAAGCAGGUUGUCUCUGCUAGCUGCAAGUGCUGUCAUGCUUUCAACUCUGGAAGAUGGGAAUAUUGUGAAAGGCCUUGCAGGAAUUCCUUCAGAUGGACCAGUCCUGUACGUUGGCUAUCACAUGUUAAUGGGACAUGAACUGGUCCCUAUGGUAUCCCAUAUGUUGUUGGAAAGAAAUAUUCUUCUGAGAGGGCUAGCGCAUCCACUUCUUUUCAUGAGGAAGAAGAAAGAAGGGAGUAUGCCUCCAUUAUCAGAUUUUGAGUCCAUGAGGGUAAUGGGUGCAGUUCCAGUUUCAGGAACCAAUUUGUUCAAACUUCUAUCUUCAAAGGCUCAUGUGCUACUGUACCCUGGAGGCGCACGUGAGGCUGCUCAUCGGAAGGGUGAACAGUAUAAGUUAUUCUGGCCAGAACAGUCUGAGUUUGUGAGGACAGCAGCUAGAUUUGGAGCCAAAAUUGUGCCAUUUGGAGUUGUUGGAGAAGAUGAUUUUGGUGAAGUGGUUUUUGAUUAUGACGAUCAAAUGAAGAUUCCUUGGCUAAGAGAAGACAUCAGAAGGUUUACAGAAGAAGAGGGUAUCAAAGUGAGGGCUCAAAAAAAUGAUGCGGUGGGAGACGAAGAUAUGCACUAUCCAUGGGUGCUACCAAAAUUUCCAGGCAGGUUCUAUUACUACUUUGGGAAACCGAUUGAAACAGAAGGCAGGAAGCUGGAACUAAGGGACAAGGACAAAGCCCAAGAAUUGUACUUAGAAAUCAAACAUGAGGUGGAGAAAUACCUUGCAUUUUUGAAGGAAAAAAGAGAGAGUGAUCCUUACAGAAACAUAGUUGCUCGUUUGGCUUACCAAGCCAUGAACGACGGCGGUGAUGGUGGUCCGCCUCGGUGGUUCUCUCCGCUGGAGUGUGGGUCCCGCUCGGAUAAUUCUCCUCUUCUUCUAUUUUUGCCGGGGAUUGAUGGUACCGGACUAGGACUCAGCACGCAGCACAAUUCUCUGGGAAAGAUUUUCGACAUAUGGUGCUUGCAUAUUCCAGUUAAGGACAGAACAUCCUUUCUAGGCCUGGUGAAGCUUACUGAAAGGACUGUACGAUCGGAGAGUUACCAGUUUCCUAAUCGACCGAUAUAUCUUGUUGGAGAAUCUCUUGGAGCAUGUCUUGCCCUUGCUGUUGCAGCUCGUAACCCUGAUGUUGAUCUUGUACUCGUUUUGGCCAAUCCAGCAACAUCGUUUGAGAAGUCACGGCUGCAGCCUCUCAUACCUUUAUUGGAAGUCUUACCGUUCCAACACCAGCUUACCGUUCCUUACAUAUUGAGCUUAAUGACAGGUGAUUCUCUGAGGAUGGCAAUGGACAAUGCAGUGAAGGGAUUUGCUCUAGAACAAACAAUUGGAGGAUUAUCACAAGAUUUGGUUGCAAUGUCAUCUUACCUCAAUGCUCUGGCUAAUAUCUUGCCUAGAGAAACACUUCUUUGGAAGCUACAGAUGCUUAAAACAGCUUCAGCAUAUACCAACUCACGCCUCCAUGCUGUAAAAUGUCAAACGCUCGUACUUUCUAGUGGAAAGGAUCAGUUGCUUCCAAGUGAAGAAGAAGGUCACAGGCUUUAUCUUACGCUGCCAAAAUGUGAGAAUCGCAAGUUUAACGACAGUGGCCAUUUCCUCUUCUUGGAACAUGAUGUUGAUUUGGUAAAUGUCAUCAAGGGAGCUAGUUUCUAUCGUCGUGGAAAAUACCUUGACUACAUAUCAGAUUACAUACCACCAACCCCUCCUGAAUUCAAAAAAUUAUAUGAAUCAUACAGAUUGUUUAUGCUUGCCACAAGCCCUGUGAUGCUCUCAUCUUUUGAAGAUGGGAAGAUUAUGAGGGGCCUUGCUGGAGUUCCUUCAGAAGGACCGGUAUUGUUUGUUGGUUAUCACAUGCUAAUGGGAACUGAAGUGGCCCCAUUGAUAUCCAACUUUUUGUUGGAAAGAAAUAUUCUUAUAAGAGGGAUAGCACAUCCAAUGAUGUUUGUGAAAUUGAAGAAAGAAGGAUUGUUGCCUCCAUUGUCACAGUUUGAUGCAAUCAGAUCUAUGGGAGCAGUUCCUGUUUCAGGAAGCAAUUUUUUCAAACUUAUGUCUUCAAAGGCUCAUGCGUUAUUAUACCCUGGAGGCAUGCGGGAGGCCUGUCAUCGAAAGGGUGAACAAUACAAGUUAUUCUGGCCAGAACAGUCAGAGUUCGUCAGAAUGGCAGCUAGGUUUGGAGCCAAAAUUGUGCCGUUUGGUGCCGUUGGAGAGGAUGAUUUUGGGGAAGUGGUUUUUGAUUAUGAUGAUCAAAUGAAGAUUCCUUUCCUUAGGGAUUACAUAAAACAAUUAUCAGAAGAGGCUGUGAGUUUGAGGACUGAAGCGAAAGGUGAGGUGGGACAACAAGAACCGCACCGUCUAGGAAUUGCACCAAAAUUUCCAGGCAGGUUCUAUUACUAUUUUGGGAAACCAAUUGAAACAGAAGGGAUGAAGCAGGAAUUAAGAGAUCGGGAGAAAGCUCAUGAAUUAUACUUACAAGUCAAAUCUGAGGUGGAGAACUGCAUUGCUUUUCUGAAGGAGAAAAGAGAAACUGAUCCUUACAGAAAUAUAUUGACCCGGUUAGCUUACCAGGCCUCUCAUGGCUUUGAUGCUGAAGUUCCAACAUUUGAACUUUAA